CUGCGGCUAGAUUACUGGACGUGGGGAUCAAGGACACUAAAGCGGGGGAAAGAUAACGAGUUGGGGAGCCCUGGAAAUUGGCCUCGUCACGCGAUAAACAUACGGCCUGCGCAGACAAAUGGCUGUGAUGAAGGGCACAGCAAUACCUAGAACUGGCCACAAGAGAAGGGCACUGGGCAGACGACCAGAAUAGGGAGAAGAUGUCACGUGGCGAGCUCAGGUAUUCAAGUGGAAUUCAAAGUCCGACAGAAUUUGGCAAGAGCGGCGACCAGGCGGCGAGAGAGAGAGAUCUUAGUGUCCACCACCUUCCAACCAGAGUCCACGCCUGUUGCGUCCGCCAUGGCCUUCUGAGUGUCUUUGACGCUCUUUUAUAUCCCUUUCUCACUAUGCUUUAAUCUCUCCGCUCAGCACGCAUAACGAGCCCCUCUGUCAGUGCAGUGAACUCUUCUGAGCGAGGUCUCGGUUCGUGCUGCUGUUCCCUUGUCAUCCUACUCGUUUGUCUUCUCCACUCUACCGUCCUUCUUCACCUUCAUCCUUCCUAUUCCCUGUUACUCGGAAAUAUUUUGGUGUGCCGCAAUUUCGUAGUCUGCGCCGUUGGUCUGCCACAACGCAUGCACCACGCUUGCCUCCCAUCAUUCCCAAUAGCCUUUGACGACGGAUACCUCUUCUCCUUCCCACCUGUCUACUUCGUGGCACAGUAAUUAGCUGACCCGGUAUGUCGACUGCAUCGCAGAGUCUGCCGAUGUCCGGUCUUUCGGCCUUAUUCAGCUUGUCUGACGCGGCGGCGAGGGUACCUCCGAUCCCGGUGUCGACUGCAGAGUCCGUGAAAGUUCCGAAGGACUCAAAGGACAUGUCAUCCGGAAAGAAUGGCUCAUAUGCUUUGAAGCAUCGUCGUCUGAGCUCGACCGGCCAGACUAGACGUCGUAUGAACGACGCUCGCGAUGCUGUGUCACGGCCAGCCCCGGCAAACCUUUCUGCUGCGUCUGCCCUAGCUUCGCUUUCGUCUCUUUCGCUGACGCCAUCCGGAAUCACUUCGUCGAUUUCGUCUGGUCAUAACUUGCACAGCCACUCCCAUCAUGCACGCGGCCGUUCUAAUGCUAGUAUUGCCCAGCCAAUAUUUGCUCCGAACCCAAAUGGUGCAUCUGGAAUGGGAGCUCUUGCAUCCUCCGUGCCCGAAACUUCUUAUGCGCAAGAUAUGGCGUCUACUGUUGCCGACGAUAUUGAAGUAGACGUCGAGGAUUUCGAUGACGGUGCCUCUGUUGCCGAGAGUGUUGGAGGCCGGUCAAUCGACAAGAGGAUCAGUAAGAAUGCGAGAGUCAAGAAACGUGGAACCAUCUUUCAGUGCGAGAGCUGUUCAAAGGUAUAUAGGCAUCCCUCCUGUCUAGUUAAGCAUCGAUGGGAACAUUCACCGCACUGGCGGGAAGCAAGCAAAUUUAUGUUAUCUAAGCACCAGCAAGUUCAGCUGCUUGAGGCGGCGACUAUCCUCUCGCAUCUGACCCCCGGAUCGUCCCUGCCCGAUGAUCGUUCCCACUGGCCAUCGUUUUUAUCUAACGGGCUCCUGCCGCCUCCUUCCGUCGAGAACACUGCCGCUAUGAAUCCGCAGAUGACGACCGUUAGCGCCCGUUCAGGUACCAAGUCAACGCCAUCAUCACUUAAUGGCGCCCACCAUCUUGUCAGUUCAUCUGUGCCGGCUCGUGCUCAGGCACCACACUUGGAUCGGAACCGCUCGACUUCCGUCACUUCAACGGCCUCUGGAGCCGCUGGUGGUCCACGUCUGCAUGACUUCAGCGUUCCAAAUGGAAUUACACAGAUUAGGCCUGGACUUCUUGCGCAUGCAACCGCUCCAGGAGCACCAUCCCAGGUCCUGUCAGGGUCGGUAUUGCCGUACGCGGAUGAGGAGUUAGAUAUCAAGGAGGAGAAAGAUGCUUUGCCCUCGCUUGUUUCUAUGGAGGUUGUUUCACCCUCCAAACCGCAACCGAUGUCGGUCCCUGUUACAGUUAAUACACGUAACAACUUUGAAGCCUAUCGUGACGGUGGUUCAGCGUUCUCGGCUUCAGGAUUCUCUGUUGAGAGUGGUUCCGUCGCGGCGUCCCUUGCACAUUCUGGCGGAUGGUCUUUGCCACAUUCGGACUUGCGUUCGAGUAGUGUUACACGUUCGUUCUCUGGCUCACGCUCGGACGACGAUGAAGAUGGGCCUCAUUCCACGCGCGAUGGUUCAGAGGGUGAUGUUGACGUCGAUAUCAGCGUGGCAGAUACGCAGACAGACAGAUUAGACGGUGAUGCAUCAUUUGGUGAAUAUGCGAGUGCAGGGUUUGGGUAUGCCAGCCGUACCUCGACAGGCACGGGUGCUCUCGUAAAGAAGGAAACAGAUGACGGUUGGGAGGAGAUGGAUAUGGAGUUAUGAAGAAUCACGAAGAAUCAGGCAAAUACGGAAUUAAUAUUUAUUCUCCUUUCGCUUUCUUUUUAUCUUUUUGUGUUACAUAGCGAGCAUGGACUCGGAAUCAAGCAAGUAUGAAAGCGCAGUCCUUCUUUUCCGUCCGUAUUCUUGUUUCAUUAAUCCCUUUUUCUUUCGUUUGUACAAACGCCUUUACGAGUCCGUUCGUGUGCGUGUCUAUCUUUUUCUUUCCAGGUAAAUGCAAUAUUUACUUUUUUAUGGUUUUCCAUUCCGUUCAUCCCUUUUUGUCGUCGGUCUUGUAAUACUUGUAUCACUCUGUGGUUGUGCUAUCGGUCAUUGUUAACACAGGCCUUUCUUUUGUGUUCUUUUUAUACACAAGCGCUGCAUUUACUGCAACCUUCUUUUUUCCUCUUUCUUUUCGUCACCUCUGGCUUUGGCUUCCGUUUGAAGUCCUUGGGACUCGUCUGUCUUGGUUUAUUUCGUUGCUGUCUGUCCGGUUUCGAAUGACGUAUGGACUGGUCACUGGUCAUCAUCGAUCGCUUUUUCGGUUGUCAUUCGUGUACUAUACAAUACCAAGUGUCAAGUUGUUUACCA